AUGGAAACUCUUCUGGGUUGCAGAGAGAGAGGUUGGCUCCAAAUCACAAUACCAGUGGACCCAACGGGGAACAAAUACAAGCAUCAUGUACAGAGUGACUCUUAUCCUGAUCUCUUCCUGUUUGUCACAGGGGAAAUGCUCCUGCUCGCAAGUGGGAUUUUCCUGCUCCAGGUGGCGUGUGGCUGCCCAGAGAGAUGCCACUGUCACUUGUCAUCCAGGUCUGUGGACUGCAGCCGGCAGGGCCUGGUUGAAAUCCCUUCUGACCUGCCUCCUCAGACACAAACGCUGCUCUUACAAGAUAACCAGAUACACCAACUUCCUGCGUUUGCAUUUAGGUCAGUGCCACAGCUCACCACCUUGAACUUGUACAACAACUCCCUCUCACAUCUGGCUCCUGGAGUGUUCCAUGGACUUCGGCAGCUGCAGGUCUUAAACCUAACCCAGAACUCCUUGCAUUCCCUGGAAAGUAGAGUUUUCCAUUCCCUCCCACAAUUAAAGGAGCUUGAUCUGUCAUCAAACAACCUAAGUCACCUUCCCACAUCCCUGGGAGGACCCUGGAAGAACCUAACUGUAUUUGCAGUUCAGCAAAACCAGCUUCAGCAGGUUGAUCGAGCCCUCCUAGAAUCCAUGCCCAGGGUGAGGCUUUUAUUUCUCAAGGACAACCUCUGGAAAUGCAAUUGCCACUUGCUCGGUCUUAAACUCUGGCUGGAGAAAUUUAUCUAUAAAGGGGGAGUAAUGGACGGUGUCAUCUGCGUGUCACCAGAUUCCUGGACGGGAAAGGACCUCCUUCAAAUCCCUCACGAGCUGUACCAGCCCUGCCCUUUUGCUUCCCCAAACCUGGAGUCCUCGGGGGGCCUACAACCAGGCUCCUCCCCCCAGGCUGUCCCAGGGCUCCCUGACAGUCACUCGGAAUGUCAGCUCAAACCCAAACCGAGGCCGGCCAACCUUCGUCAUGCUGUGGCCACUGUUGUCAUUACGGGGGUCGUGUGUGGGGUCGUGUGUCUAAUGAUGCUGGCCUCCACCAUUUAUGGCUGCACCUAUGCAGCCCUUACAGCCCAGGGCCACAGAGGACCCCUGGCUCUACCCAGUGAACCAGCAAAGACAAAAGGGAAAAAUCUAUUUGACAGUUCACCAGCCUGAGAUCUUUCAUCUAAAAUAGGAAUAAUCAUUUCAGGGCAGAAGAGCAU